UAAUGCAUUAUAAAUGUCAUCGUCGAACUAGAUUUCAUAUUUAUUUGCAGUGAUAAUAUACCUGAAGCAAAAUUAUGGAAGACACUGCAAGUACAACAACUUCAAUAGACGACAAAACUGAUGAUUAUGGUGACUCAAUAAAUCGAGAUGCCCUAGCUGAUGGUUUAAUGGAGCUUCUAAGACCAUCAGUUGAACAGUUGGACGAUCAUGUCAAGCUUACUUUGAUGAGUCAAAAAGAGCUUCGACAACAGAUUGAGAGUUUGUCUGAAGAACUUAGGCAAAUAUCUGAAACUUACAGUUCCAUGUUUGACCUUGAUAUGUAUGUUAAGAAAUUGAUGAAUGCAAAACGAAGAGUGAUGCUUGUGAAUAAUAUCCUACAAAAUGCUCAGGAAAGAUUAAAUCGACUGCAUCAGAGUAUCGCCAGAGAAACAGCUAAAAGAAAAGCUCUGCUUGAAACGAGUCCUACAACAACUCAGCCUUCACUCUCAAGCACUUGAGCACAGCACAAUAUAUGUGUAAAUAUUCUGUAAUUUUGAUUUCUUCUGAGAUCAUAUCUGUAUUUUUUGAUGCUGUGUUGAUUAAUAGCUAGGCAUUUCAUUAUUGUGUUUUUGAAGUUGUAAAUAAAUCUAGAGUAUGUAUUGUAUAAAUUGUUGUGGGAAAACAACUUAAAAAUUCAAGCUGUAAGAAAAAAAUUGAAAUGUCAAUUAAGAUGGAACAGAUUCACUAUUAAUUUGCUUAGAAACCAGGGCUGUGCAGUUAGUAGAAAAAUGAUCAAUUCAGACUCCUGAAAUUUUAAAAUUGCAGAGGUAAUUGAAAGAAUGAAAGUAUUAACAUUAAAAUGUGGUUAUUUAAAUUUAUAAAGCAGAAAAAAAAAAGGAAGUGCAAAAACACAAUGAUCGGAUAGGGAUUCACUGAAGUCCUGAGAAGCACUGAAUUAUGUAAAAGCUAAAAAAUAAAAAAGGCUUUCUCAAAAUUUUACUCACUUUUUAUUUCAACAAAAAAAUUCUGCACAAAUAAAAAAAAAUGUUUGUUAUAAAAAAAAUCAGUGUAAAAUCAAUGUAUGUAAUCACAUAUGUAUGUAUGAAAAAGUCUUAUCCAUAUUUAUAGCAUGUCAGUAAAUUAGAAAGUAAUUGAAUAUUUAUUCAUGAAUGAAUAAUAUUUAUAUAAUACAUACCACUUGAAUAAUACUUAUAAAAACCUCUACCCUCCCCAUCCCUGUCAGAAAAAUGUUUACAUAACAACAAAGUGUGCCAGAAACUAGAACUUUUCAAACUUUGUCGGACAAACAUAGCAAACCUUUAUCAUAACUUCCUUUUUAAUUAAAAAGGGGAAGGGGGAUAAAGCAAGGUACCAAUCAUUUACUUAACAAAGCUUAAAGUAAUUACUUGAAAGUUGUUUGCAUUUUCUUUGUUUUAAAUUCUUUAUUUUAAAAAGAUAACUUUCACAAGCUCACAUAAUUAUUAGCUCUAAACAGAAUUAUUAGCUAAAUGAACAUGAUCUAAAUUUUUGUUCACUUUUUUUAAGCAUGUAUUGAAGACAUUCGUCUGAAAAUUCUUACUGUAUUAUUUUUAUAAAAAGAAAUCAAAAACUUAGCUUCUCAAAAAAGCAAAUUUUGAAUUUUAACAUUGAAUUUGUACUGGUUGUAAUUGUUCUACCAGAAAAACACUUCUAGCUACUUUUUUACCCAAUUUGUAUAACAUUUUAAAAUGAUUGAAUGUAUUACUUAAAAAAAUGCUCUAACAGUAAAUACUUAAUACAGAGAUCUGUUUAAUGAUUUUAUGUGAUAUAAUGAUUUUUAUUAAUUGGUUGGAUGAGCUUAAGUAUUGUUUCCAGUUGUACAAUUUAAUUAUGUUUGAACAUUUGAAAAUACAUUAUGGGAUCCCAAAUCCAGAAAAGCUAUCCUUUCCGGACUUCAAAAUUUUCAGAAUUUUAUAUAAUGACUCAAAAAAUAGCAUCCUAUUAUUCGAUGUAAUGCUCAUUUUUCAAAAUUUUGCUUUUUGUUCACUCUAAAUUUCUUUACUUUCUUUAAUAGUCUUCAUGAAAGCCUACUUUAGUACUAUGCAACAAAGAUCCUUUAAUUUAUUGCCAGAAAAAAAAAGUUGGAGAUAAUUUGUAUCAACCUAGAUUUUUUUUUAUCGUUAUAUAUAAAACAUAUAUAAAUCUAUACAAUAAAUAAAUCAAAUUUAUGUUAAAAAUAAAUUCUUAUUUUUUCCCAAUAUGCUUUUAAUUGUAUACUAAUAAGAAGACAAAAAGAAAUAUCGCUCACUGAAAUAUGAUGCAAAAAGAUUGAUUCACAAUUACAGCAGUGCUAAUGUUCCGCAUUGCACAGGGAGUCGAUGAAAAGUAAGCUGUAAAAACUUGGUUUUCAGCAAGUAAUAGUCGGUUAAGAUAAAUACUUUUGUGCUAAAAAGUAAAAUGAGAAAUAACAACGUCAAAAAGCACAAAUUGCAGAUAUUUUAAUAGUCGGUUGUGAAAGAUUUUAAGCAUACAAAUAUUUUUUUAUUGGCAAAAAAAAAAAAAAAAAAAAAUUUAAAGAAAAAUGCUUUUUUUUUUUUUUUUUGCAAUUAUCUCUUUUCUUAAGAACUGGCAUGCCCACUUUGAAGUAACAUCCAUUUGUUGUAAAUCUUGGUUGAGAAAAAUAUUUUAGAAAAUUAGCCAUUUAAUAAAAAUUUGCUUUUAUUUAAUCAAAGCUUAUUACAACUUAGAGUUUGAGUAUUUUAGGGCAAAAAUUAUUUAAAUAUUUCAAUAUAUUUGUGCAUAGUAAGCUUAUGUAUGAAGGAUUGAUGAAAAUUUCUUCAAAAUUUGUACAGAAUGACUGAUAAAAAUCAUUCCGUCCUUUUAAUGAUAUUUUCUUGUAGUAGCUAAGUACCGAGGUUAUGAUAGAGAGAGGCUUUAUAAUGGAGCACUAAGAACUUAAACUGACAUAUCUGAAAAUGUACAAAGUAUAGGCUUUGUUUAUAGUGUAGUAGAUGUGUAGGUAAAUGUUUUUUCAUUCGUCAAAACUUUGUUUUAUGGUUAAAAUUUUAGAUUUUAUUACAAAAAAGCUCCCAAAAAAUGUUUUAUUUUUUCUUCCUACUGUGGUGUAUUAAUUAUUUUUUAAAAAUUAGCUGUGACGUUGUUUUACUGCUUUUAAAUUAAAAUUAUAAGUUUGUAUUACUUUAAUCUUUUUUUCUGUUGUAAAUUUUUAAGAUAAUACAGUAGAGUGUCUCGAAAAUCCAAGGUAAUUGGGGCUCGCGCCACCUCGGAUUACUGCAAACUCGAAUUAUCCAAAAAAUUCUUUGGACUACAUAAGGACAUGCGCUGUUUACUUUCUUACGCUCUGAAAAGGAAACGUCUCCCGAAAAUGUAUCACUCAAAUAUCAACAUAAGUUUAUGUUUUAAUUAACCCCAAACGAGUAUUGAUUAGUUUUUUCUUGAUAUCCACACGUACUUGUGUGCAAACUUGUAGGCAACCAAAAAAAGUCGUUUAAUCGUCCGUGAAUAAGUUGUGAUGAGUUUUGUCGUGAUAUUUGUGCCUAUGUGUGAGCGUACGUACGUACCUCACAUAAUACAAUAACGUUAGUCAUAGAUGGAUAUACGCAUACAUAAGCUUUGUACAGCGUCAAGUUUUGCACUUACUUUUUUAAUUGCAAUCGAAUAUUCCAAAAGAGCUCUUUGUUUGUUCUUUGAGGCAAAACGUUUUAAUUUCAAACUUUUUUGUGUUAACCUACAUCCUACUUUCUCAAAGGCAUCUCUUAAUCCAUCUCCAACAGUCAAUGAAUAUUUCAUGCCGCUAGGCAAGUGUUGCUUGACAUAUACCUUUCAAUGUCUUUCUAUUACCUUUUUGUAUGUUGAUAAAAAAGUUCUACAUAACAAAAUAAUCAAAUUUUCAGAUUAAAACAUUUUUUGUCGAUAAAAAGUAUACCUUAAAAAUAUUAACAAAGCACCUCGAAUUAAGCAGAACUUCAGACUUUUGAGACUCGGAUUUUCGAGACUCUUACUCUAAAAAUUACUGCAAUGGUAUAUCCCUUUGAUUCAAAGAAAUUUGCUGUGUUUUAAAAGUUGGUUUUAAGAAUUCAAAACUUCUUAAUAUUUGGUAAUUGCUCACUAAAAAGCAGAAAUUUUGUGAGUUGUAUGCCAAAAAAAAAGUGAGAAUUUUCAUCUGAUUUAACUUUUUAAACCAAAAUACUUAAACCAUUCCACUUGCUCUGUAUAUUUCUGUUACAUCUUAUUUUUAUACAGCAUUCCUUUCAAUUUACCUUUUGCCUUUGAAAAACUAU